AUGGUGGAGGACUCGCUUUUAGCUAAAAUUUGGGGGGAUAAGGGUUUUAGCUCGGAAUUUGUGGGUGCCUCGGGUCAGUCAGGGGGCCUGAUAUGUGUGUGGGAUCCGUCGAUUUUUAUGGCAGAUGAUGUUGUUAAAGAUAAGAACUUUUUGUUGAUUAAGGGGGUUCUAAAUGGUUGUGGGUCUUGGCUGAGCAUCUUUAAUGUUUAUGCUCCGCAAGGUAUUUCGGCCAAAAAAGGCCUUUGGGAUCUUUUGGAAGGGGUGGUUGAUGGGCUUUCGGGUCUCUUUUUGUUGGCCGGGGAUUUCAAUGCGGUUAGGUACCCCGAGGAACGGAAAAAUACGAUGUUUAAGCCUCGGUGUGCUAGCAACUUUAACUCUUUUAUUUUCAACACGGGUCUUUUGGAGUAUAAGAUGUUUGACAGGCAGUUUACGAGAUGGGUGGAUUGUGGGAAGAAAAUGAACUCUAAUUUUGGGCCGAAACCCUUUCGUGUCUUUAAUUCGUGGCUUGGACGGGAUGGUUUUGAGGAGGUGGUUUGUAGUGCGGCUAAUGACUUUUGCGGAAGCGGGCCUCCAGAUAUAGUGUUAUGCAAUAAGCUUCGGUUUGUUAGGAACAUGAUCAAACUUUGGAGGGAUGAAAUGAAGGAAAAAGAAGAGGGAGAUAUUUCUAUGGCUAAAUCCGACCUUUAUGAUCUUGAACUCAUUAUGGAGGAGAGGGAUUUGGAGGAAGAGGAGGUUUGGGCCAUGUCAGAAGCCAAGAAUAUGAUUGAGGAAUUUGAAAUUAAUUUGUCUAAAGAUAUGAAGCAGCGAUCGAGGGAUAGAUGGUUAAGGGAUGGGGAUGAGAAUUCUAAAUAUUUCCACUCUCUGGUAAAUAGAAGGAAGGCCAAUAAUGGGAUUUUUGGGUUGUCCAUUGAUGGCGUUUGGUGUGAGAAGCCUAGUCUUAUUAAGAAGGACAAAUUCAAAGAAUCGGCGGUGUUGAGGCCCACUAUCGGGAUGGAAAAUUGUAUGUGUCUUUCGGCCGAGGAUGGUGCUUUCCUUACGAAGAAGUUUAGUUGUGAAGAGAUUAAGAAGGCGGUUUUUGAGUGUGGGUCCGAUAGGGCUCCUGGGCCGGACGGGUUUAAUUUCAGGUUUUUUAAACAUUUUUGGAGGUUGUUUGAGACUGAUUUUGUGAACAUUCUGGAGGAUUUUUAUCUCACAGGUAAGAUUAAUCGGGGGUGUGCCGCUUCCUUUAUCGCGCUUAUUCCCAAAAAGAAAGAUCCGGUAGGUUUGGGUGAUUAUCGGUCGAUUAGCUUAGUUGGAGUGGUUAAUAAGGUAAUCUCGAAGAUUCUGGCUAAUCGUAUGAAACUGGUUCUUGGGAGUGUGAUUUCGGAGUCUCAAUCGGCAUUUUUGAAAGAUAAAUUUAUUCUUGACGGCCCUCUUGUGGUUAGCGAGAUUCAUACUUGGUUGAAAAAAAGCAAGAAAAAAGCCUUCAUUCUAAAGAUUGACUUCGAGAAGGCGUAUGACAAUGUGAAUUGGAAUUUCGUGGUAGGGGUUUUGGAGCAGUUAGGAUUCCCGUCAAGGUGGUGUGCUUGGGUUCGCGGCAUCCUUUCUUCGGCUAGAGCUUCGGUUCUAGUUAAUGGUUCUCCUACGUUCGAUUUCCCUUGCUUUAAAGGGAUGAGACAAGGGGACCCGUUAUCUCUGUUUUUGUUUCUUGUCGUUAUGGAGGCGUUAUCCUAUUUUAUUGAUAAAGCGGUAGGCAGAGGGGUGUUUAAGGGUAUCUCGUUGACGAAUGGUGGGCCUUGUGUCUCCCACCUUUUUUACGCGGAUGAUGCUAUUAUAAUGGGUGAAUGGUGUGUCGAGAAUAUUCUAAAUGUAAUUCGGGUUUUGAGAUGUUUCCACAUUUGUUCAGGUUUGAGAAUGAAUGUCAAUAAGUCUAACAUUUACGGCAUAGGGGUGGAUCAACAGGAAGUGGAGUUGGUGGCUAACUCUUUUGGAUGCAAUGCUAACAACCUUCCCUUUAAAUACUUGGGUAUUACGGUGGGAGCUAACGUGAACAGGAUUUGUAAUUGGAGGCCGGUGUUUGAGGUGUUUGAGUCGAGACUUUCCCUUUGGAAGGCGUCGGUUCUAUCUCUAGGCGGUAGAGUGACGUUAGUGAAGGCGGUGUUGGAAAGUCUCCCGAAUUAUUUCUUCUCCUUAUAUAAGGCCCCGGUGCGUGUGGUUAAGGAUUUAGAAAAAUUGAUUAGAAGGUUUUUGUGGGGUGGCAAUAAUGAUGGUGCUAAGCUUCAUUGGGUGGCGUGGGAUCGUAUUGCUUCGCCAGCCUGGGCUGGGGGGAUUGGCCUGUGUAGUCUUGGGAUCGUUAAUAAAGCUCUCCUUGCUAAAUGGGGCUGGAGAUACAAGAAUGAGAGCAAAAGUUUUUGGGUCAAAGUGAUUAAUGCGCUUCAUCGUCAUAAGUUUUGUUGGGAAUUUUUACCAUUCAAGUCUUCUCUUAACGGGGUGUGGAGGAAUAUUGUUAAGGUUUGCUCAAAUCAGGUUGGAGAUAAUCAUUCUUUAAGUUGCUUCAUGUGUGGGGAUCUAGGUAAUGGGAGGGAGUUAAUGUUUUGGCUGGAUCCAUGGUUGCUUCCGACCCCGUUGAAAGAUGAGUUGCCUUCUUUGUUCCGUUUAGAAGCGAACAAGUUUUGCAAGGUCAAGGAUCGGAUGGUGCGGCCUGUCUCCAAUCCGAAUGGAAAAUGGGAGUGGCGGUCUGUUCCUAACUCGAGCUCAGAGUUGGCUGAAUGGAGCAAGUUAUAUGCGUUGUUACAAUCGGUUGAUUUAGUGGAUAGAGCCGAUAGAUGGUUGUGGUCCGGUGUUGGGUCGAUCGGGUUCUCGGUUGGUGCGGUGAAGAGGUUGUUUUUCAUCAAUUUGGAUUUCAGUUCUCGGUUUGUUUGGGAUUGGUGUAAAUGGCUGCCAAAGAAAUGUAAUCUCUUCGCGUGGCGAGCCGAGCUAGACAGGAUUCCGACUAGGGAGGCGUUGAAGAAGAGGGGAGUUCAGAUUGAAGACGAUAGUUGCCCGCUUUGCAACCUGGAGGUAGAGUCGGUUGACCAUUUAUUCACUUCGUGUGGAGUCACUUCGGUCAUUUGGCAGAAGGUCCAGGCUUGGUGUAAGUCUUCUAAUUUGUUCGUCUUUUCGUUUCGGGACAUUCUUGAGGUUCACAAGUGGGUGGGCUUGGAUGGGCAUAGGAAGGAAGUGUUCCAUGGAAUUUCAAUUCUUACAUGCUGGAUGAUAUGGAGAGCUAGAAAUGAUUUGAUUUUUUCGGGAAAGCCAUUUAGGAUUGAAAAGAUGGUUAAAAUGGACAAUGUUAGUAAGACAGUUAAAAAUUGGCCAAAGUUGAUAAACGUCAAAGAAUAUGUUGACUGGAAAGACAAGUUUGAGGUAGUUGUGAAAAGUGAGGAUGCAAGGAUGUGGACUUGUAUGAUUGAUGGAUAUGUUGCUCCUACACGUUGUAUUGAAGGAAGAGUGAAAGUGAUUUCUUAUGAGAUGAUGGAUGAAUCUGAGAAACUUAUGGUUGAUGCUGAGAAGAGAGCUUUAGCAGUGAUCAAGAAGUCCUUGCCUGAGGGAAUUAAACAUGCCUUCAAGAUAAAUGGGACUUCUAGAGAGGUGUGGGAAGCUUUAGAAAAACGUUAUCAGAGUUCAUCAAGACAGAGUUUAGGAGGUCGUGCUUUAGAUGAAGAAGCAGAUGUUGUGAAAGAAGAGAAGAAGGAUACAAAAGUUUCAAAGAGCUUGAAUGGUGUGAAUGAACUUACAACAGAGGUGACGGUAACAUCAGAACCUGUCAUUGAUUUAGCUCAUGAAACUGUAAAGGAUAAAACUAAUGAAUUUUCUGAUAAGUGCAGGGAAUUGGUCGUUGCACAAGACCAAAUUGUUGAACUUAAAGGAAAGUUAGACAAAUUUGGAAAAUCUUCAUUAGUUAGAACUCAAAUUCAAGCAAGUUUGAAAAAGAGUACUGAUAAAAAGGGUUUGGGGGAAUUGGUCGUUGCACAAGACCAAAUUGUUGAACUUAAAGGAAAGUUAGACAAAUUUGGAAAAUCUUCAUUAGUUAGAACUCAAAUUCAAGCAAGUUUGAAAAAGAGUACUGAUAAAAAGGGUUUGGGGUUUGUUGGUGCAUAA